AGCCUGGCCUCUCCUGGCGCCCAGGACGCAUGCGCGAUGGUACCGGCGCCUCAUCACGGCUCUGCGGCGGGAGCAAACGGGUGGGCGCCUCAGCCGCGCGCAGCGUCCCGGAAGUGCGCGCGGCUCUGUGGAAUGUCCUCGCUCGGUGGACUGCGGGGAUUCAGGGCAAAAGAUUCACGCUACGUGUGAGCGGGCGCCCGCAGAGGCGCUGGAAGAGAAGGUGGUAGAUCUAGGGACUCCGGAGCCACCCCAGAAAUGAUUCACGAGCUGCUCUUGGCCCUGAGCGGGUACCCAGGGUCCAUUUUCACCUGGAACAAGCGGAGUGGCCUGCAGGUUUCCCAGGAUUUUCCAUUUCUUCACCCGAGUGAGACUAGUGUCCUGAAUCGACUCUGCCGGCUUGGCACAGACUACAUUCGAUUCACUGAGUUCAUUGAACAGUACACAGGCCAUGUGCAGCAACAGGAUCACCAUCCAUCCCAGCAGGGCCAAGGGGGACUACAUGGGAUCUACCUGAGAGCCUUCUGCACGGGGCUGGACUCAGUUUUGCAGCCUUAUCGCCAAGCACUGCUUGAUUUGGAACAAGAGUUCCUGGCUGACCCGCAUCUCUCCAUAUCACAUGUCAAUUACUCCUUAGAUCAGUUCCAGCUCCUUUUUCCCUCUGUGAUGGUUGUAGUGGAGCAAAUUAAAAGCCAAAAGAUUCAUGGCUGUCAAAUCCUGGAAACAGUUUACAAACAUAGCUGCGGGGGCUUGCCUCCAGUUCGAAGCGCAUUAGAAAAAAUCCUGGCUGUAUGCCAUGGAGUCAUGUAUAAACAGCUCUCGGCCUGGAUGCUGCAUGGACUGCUCUUGGACCAGCAUGAAGAGUUCUUCAUCAAACAGGGUCCAUCUUCUGGUAAUGUCAGUGCCCAGAUGGAAGAGGAUGAGGAAGAUCUGGGCAUUGGAGGCCUGACAGGAAAACAACUGAGAGAACUGCAGGACCUGCGCCUAAUUGAGGAAGAGAAUAUGCUGGCCCCAUCUCUAAAGCAGUUUUCCCUGAGGGUAGAGAUUUUACCAUCCUACAUUCCAGUGAGAGUUGCUGAAAAAAUCCUCUUUGUUGGAGAAUCUGUCCAGAUGUUUGAGAAUCAAAAUGUGAACCUGACAAGGAAAGGGUCCAUCUUGAAAAACCAGGAGGACACUUUUGCUGCCGAGCUGCACCGGCUCAAGCAGCAGCCACUCUUCAGCCUGGUGGACUUUGAGCAGGUGGUAGAUGGGAUUCGUAGCACUGUGGCUGAGCACCUAUGGAAGCUAAUGGUGGAAGAGUCAGAUUUACUGGGUCAGCUGAAGAUCAUUAAAGACUUUUACCUUCUGGGACGAGGAGAACUGUUCCAGGCCUUCAUUGACACAGCUCAACACAUGUUAAAAACACCACCCACUGCAGUGACAGAGCAUGAUGUGAAUGUGGCCUUUCAGCAGUCAGCACACAAGGUGCUGCUAGAUGACGACAACCUUCUCCCUCUGCUGCACUUGACGAUUGAGUAUCAUGGGAAGGACCACAAAGCAGAUGCCACCCAGCCAAGAGAAGUGCCUUCUCGGGAAACAUCUCCCCGGGAACCUCCUUCUUCCGGCUGGGCUGCUCUAGGGCUUUCCUACAAAGUACAAUGGCCACUGCACAUUCUCUUCACCCCAGCUGUCUUGGAAAAGUACAAUGUUGUCUUCAAGUACUUACUGAGUGUACGCCGUGUCCAAGCUGAGCUGCAGCACUGCUGGGCACUCCAGAUGCAGCGCAAGCACCUCAGAUCCAACCAGACGGACGCAGUCAAGUGGCGCCUAAGGAACCACAUGGCCUUCUUGGUAGAUAAUCUGCAGUACUAUCUCCAGGUAGACGUGCUGGAGUCUCAGUUCUCACAGCUGCUUCAUCAGAUCAACUCCACGAGGGACUUUGAAAGCAUCCGAUUGGCGCAUGACCACUUCCUAAGCAAUUUGCUGGCCCAGUCCUUUAUUUUGCUGAAGCCUGUAUUUCACUGCCUGAAUGAGAUCCUAGAUCUCUGUCACAGUUUUUGUUCACUGGUCAGUCAGAACCUGGGUCCACUGGAUGAGCGGGGAGCUGCCCAGCUGAGCAUUCUCGUGAAGGGCUUUAGUCGCCAGUCUUCACUCCUGUUCAAGAUCCUUUCCAGUGUUCGGAAUCACCAGAUCAAUUCAGAUUUGGCGCAGUUACUGCUCCGGCUAGACUAUAACAAAUAUUAUACCCAGGCUGGUGGGACUCUGGGCAGGUAGGAACAAUCUGUGGGCACUUACAGAUCGGGAGGAGGGGUUGAUAAACUAUAGAAGACCAAAAUGCAACUCUGGCCAUCAUCUCCAGAUUUUUAUAAGCAUUUUAUAAGCGAGGCUCAGAGAUGCAGGAAGGGGUGAGGGAUAUUCGGGUAGGGUGAUCGUGUUCUACAACUUUACUGGAAUUUAUUUGCUAGUGAAAUUCACCAGCACAGUAAAAUACUAGAGCUGAGGGUAAGUUCUGUGUUGGGUUAUGUGCUGCUGUGUUCUAGGGGGCAGUCUAGCCUGCUCUGGCCUGUACCAAGGGCAGUGCAGCUGUGGUACCAUGUUUCACUGGCCACUGCUAAACUUCCUUAAAUCUAGUACUGACAUCUGGUGGCAGUCGCCUUCUUAGAGAGCUGUGCUGUUGCCAUGGUGUUAGCUCUAUCUCAGAUUGGCAUGCUUCUUUGAAAGGCAUGACACUUAAUGGUUUUUUUCUUUUACAGUUUUGGGAUGUGAAUUCAGCUUCAUAAAAUGAAGCAGCAGUCAGCCCUACCACGUUCUGAUGUCUGUAACAAACCUCUCUAGUCAUUCAUCAAAUGCCUGCAGACUGCUGAAAGGGUCUUCUAGAAGAAGUCCAGAGGUAUAAAUCCUUCCUACCAUUCCUGUGGGAAACUGGGGUCUGAGAUCCCUCUGUUGACCACACGAAUGCUUUGACCCUUUACACUAAGACAUCUGUUGGUGGGUUCAUUUGUGUAACAGUGGUUUACUGAACAUUUACUAUAUUCCUAUGGAAGAUAACCACAGUAAACAAUGGGGAUCGAUAAAAUAUUUUUAGGCUAGGCUCAUAUGUAAGAAAGCAAUCAUGCUUAUGAAUAGGUCAGCUUCUAUAUGUUACCACCAAAUUAGAAAACCCUUUAGACAGGCUGUGGGCUUUUCCUCUCUCUGUACCUUGUAAUUUGUAACUACACAGAUAAAUUUUUUUGGGGAAGGAUAAAGAUUAUUAUUUGAGUAUCCUUUAUCUGAAGAAUUUAUCCAAUGAGUUCCAAUUCUUUCAUAUUGAUAAAAGGGCAAUUCUAGCUAAAGAUGAUGGAGGUCAGAUUGUUCAGAUUGUGAAAAUCACAACCCAGUUUUCCCACCUCAGACCUGCCACACAAGCUAAGGUUUUAUGGUCAGGUAGCCUAGCCACCACUGGCUAAGAACAUACUAAUGUUCUUCUCAUGAGCAUAAACAAAAGAAACACUUUAUUGACAUACCUUCCCUCCAAGCUGGACAAGAAUGCAACACUGGGGCCUCAGUUUGUAGUCACCGAAUCCUCUCUUCAUCGACACUGUCUACCACCCACUGUGAAAGCCUGAGCCUAGAGGGGAUCAAUCCCUUUUGUUUGUUUAGAGGUAAAACAAAAAAGCAGGGCUUAGCAGAUAACAGCCUGCUGCUUGUUUUUGUAAAUAAUAAAGUUUUACUCAAACAGCCACACAUACUCAUUUA